AUGGCAUAUAAACUAGAUCUGCCAUUUGUCUCUUUUGGUGCCUUCAUAGAUCCAACCUUAAAUAGAGUUCCAUUGAACCCAGCUUUCACGCCAACAUUUUUUUCCGAUUUCAAUGAUAAGAUGACAUUCUUGGAGAGAGUUUGGAAUACACUCCGAUACAUUUUUUUAGUUGCUAGACCUGCAGCUCCAACGUUGGAGAAUUUGGCAGUCAAGUAUGUCCCAGAAAAACCAGCCAUCUCUAAUCAAGAAGCAAAACAAAAAGCUAUGCUUUAUAUACAUGACAGUGACAUUCUAUUUGAUUAUCCACAACCAUUUCCUCCAAAUGUAAUACUUUGUGGCGGUCUUGCUGCACAUCCGUCAAAAAAAGUAUCAAAAAAACUUGACACAUUUGCAUCAUCAAACAAAGGCUUGGUAGUUGUUUCUUUUGGUAGUAUUUUCAAAACAUUUCCGAAUAAUACCUUCGGGAAAAUGAUUGAAGCUUUUAAACAAAUAUCUGAUCUUAACUUUGUGAUUCGACAAGGAGAUACAGAGGAGACAACAGACAAUAUUUUGAGACUUCCAUGGAUCCCGCAGAACGAUUUACUCGGUCAUCCCCGUACCGUUUUAUUUAUAACUCAUUGCGGUAGGAGUGGAAGUAUGGAGGCUAUCUACCACGGAAUCCCUGUUAUUACAUUUCCCUUAAGUAUUGACCAACCUUACAAUGCAGCUGUUAUGGAAGACAAAGGUUAUGGUAUCAAGAUGGAUUUACAUGAUUUUUCUACUGAGGAAUUAAUUGCCAAUAUUAAACAAGUAGCUUUUACCGAUAAGUAUAAGCGUAAUAUUAAGCAAGCAUCGGACAUAUUCCACAGUCGCCCACAAACUCCUGCAGAAAGGGCAGCUUAUCAUAUCGAUUUAGUUGCCAAGCAUGCAAGAUGA